AUGGUGAAGUUUUUAAUAGCUGAAUCGAGUGAGAAAAAGAUUAGAAGUGAAGGAACAUCCACUAGGUUAUGGCAUAGACGUUUAGGGCACAUUUCAAAAGAAAGAAUGAAAAUUCUUGUUAAGGAACAAAUCUUGCCAUCACUGACUUUUAGUUAUGACGACAUUUGUAUUGAAUGUGUUAAAGGAAAACUCACUAAGACUAUGAAGAAAUGUGCUGUUUGUGCCUAA